AUGAACUGCCAGAAGUGCGGAGAUGAGUGCAGCAUGGUCGAGUCUGUGGCGACAGGCAGAAAUGCCAUGAAAAGGAUCUGCCUGCACUGCAACGCCACCGACAAGUCCAUAAAUCGCCGCUGCAAAAAACCGCUGAAGCCAGAGAUGGAGACGGAGGAGAACAAGCGCCUGAGGCUCGCAGCAGAGGCGGAGAAGGGACGAGUGGCAAAACUCGAUGCUGAGGAGAAGAAGCAGUGGUAUCGAACGGAGAAAGCCAAGCGCCAAGCGAGCGAACGUUCCAAAAAGAGGACCUUCGGCGAAGGAGCCGUGGGCUCUGUGGAAGAGUCCCGGGUGCAGAAAGAAGGACAAGACGAGGUGGACGCGUUCGAGACCUUCGAGGUCUGGGCAGCCAGGCAGAUGACUUUGGGUCGUUACAAAAGCGAGGAGGAGGCCAAAGACCAGUGGAAGCUGGAGCUGCAGAAGCCCGACGCCAUCGUGAAGAGACGUCGUGGCCAGGACCUGCUGGCGUCUUUCAAAGGCCUGGAGGCCAGAAAGGGCCAAGAGCACCAGGUCGGCAUCAACUUGAAGCAGCGUGCUGAUCUGAGUGAUGGUGCCGACGUGGAGGGCUUUGAGCAAGAGGCCGUGGCCAAGCUGCGCAAGGCCUCCUGGAAGGCGAACCUGCAGCACACGAAGAACUUGCAUUCACAAGACAACGACAUGGACAUGGAGCCAUUGCUAAACAUAGCCGGGGACAUCGAGAAGGCCAGGGCCGCCGAAGCAGAGCAGGAAAGGAUUUGGCUGCAAGAGCUGGAAGAGAAGCUUGAGAAGGAGAAAGAAGAACGAAAGCAGCGAGCCGAGGAGAAGAAAAGCCAGGUCAAGACCUAUGCCUUGGAACACGUUGUUUUCAAGAACGUGUCGGAGAGAUCAGUCCGAACGAUCAGCAACUGUCACGACCGUGCCAACGAACAGGUGGAGCUCAUGCAGACAGAGCUCCGACAAAUGAUGGAAAAUACCACCGACGAGGCCAAGAACGACGCGAAGCAGCAGGUGGCACUGGCUAGGACAAGCGUCGUCAAGGUUCGAGAGCUCAUUGCCCAGCAAAAGGCGCUCUGGGAAGCGGACCUAGGCAAAGGAGAAGAUGUGCUCGGAGCUGCGGACCUGGCCCAGAAGACCGCAGAGAUGCCAGGUUGGGUGAGGGCGUGGCUCAGCGACAAUGAGGACGUCAAGGAGAUGAAGAACAAGGUGACUGACUUGCGGAAGUUCGUGGCCAAAAUCAAGAAAGCCACGGACGCUGCCCAGAAGGAAGCCAAAAAGAAUGCCAAGAAGCUUGCUAAGGGCAAAGCGGCACCGAAGUUCCAGAGCAAGUCCUGCGCUCAAGCCAGCAGUGCAUCCGCGGCCCAAAGUAGUGCCCCUGACAGCAGCAAGGGUUGGAUUUCCCACACCAGCCUCAAGAUGGGAGAUGGCAUUGGUCAGGAGAUGACAGAGCUUUUUGUCGCGGAUAACAUGACUGACGAGAAUUGCUUGUGGAAUGUGAAGGAAGACAUUCUUUGCAAGAAGGAUCUGCCGAGCGCAGCGGUGGUGAUACCGGAGGCUCGAGGCACGGCAGCAAAAAACAGUAUCGUGGCGUUGGACUACUACGACAGUCAGAAGAAGUGGGUCCAGGCCCAGGCCUCCAAAAGCAAGGACGAUGAGAUCAUGAGUCACUAUAUGAUCACCAAGGGCAGCGUUGCUCAGAAGGUAAUGAGCAUCAUGGCAGGGCUGCUUCCAGAGAUAAAGAAUCUGGGCUUGCAGACGCCCGAAUCCCCGGCGCUUCGCGACCUCCUAGCCCCCAUGUUCCUGCAUGCCCCUCCGGCAAGCUGGAAGUUUUACUCCAACUCCGAGUAUGGGCUGCCUUGCUUGUACUUCGUCUUGGAAGGCACUCUGGCAAUCACAGGGGUCAAAGCACCCGAGGAGAUCAGCGACGAGGCAGACUCUAUCUACGCAGCCUUGGAGGAUAUGACCAACAAGGAAUGGAAGGCCAUGUACAACACAGAGUCAGGCUGGACCACAUUCCUGGUGCCUGGAAAGGCUUGCCUGAUUCCGUCGGGGCACCUGUUCCAACUCACGUCCAUGGAGGACAGAGCUAUCGCCGUCAAGUUGAUCCUGACCAGCGAGGAAGCUGCAAGAAAGGGAAUCGAAUUCCUGCGGCCCUGGACACGUGACAUGGGCAAGGACCAGAACUCCAGGAAGAUGUUGCAGUUUCUCGAGAAGAGCCUGGACAUCGUCCCUUUGCCCGGGCAAUGA